CCAAUGUAAGCAAUGAGAAUAACAAUGUGAGGAGGAAGAUGCUAAGAAACUUUAGGAAUAGCCGAAAUACUUCAUGUCCUGACUGUAAAGAAAAAGGAAUAAUAAUAUGUGACACUAGUGAAGGUACUCAAAUAUGUAAUGGAUGUGGAAUGGUUGUUGAAAGUAAGAUUUUAUCUGAAGAACAGGAGUGGAGAAAUUUUCAAAAUGAUGGUCAGUCAAAAAAUACAGAUAGAAAUAGGGUAGGUGAAAUAAGUGAUAUAUGGUUAGAAAAUAAUUUAACAAGUACUACAUUUAUUAAGUCUAGUAAGAAAUUACAACAUUUAAAUAUGAUGACACAAAUAAAUAAGAAUGAUCAAACCUUAAUUUCUGCAUUCAAUAUUUUAAAAUUAAUUUGUGAUACUUUCUUUCUGAGGAGUAAUGUUAUUGAGAGGGCCAAGGAAAUAACAAAGGAGUUGCAGGAUAUGGAACAGCUAAAGAAUCGCAUAAACAACCUGAACAUGCUAGCCGUUGUAUAUUUAGCAUGCAGAGAAGCAGGUCAUAUAAAGAGUAUAAAAGAAUUAAUUACAUUUGAUAGAUCAUAUAAAGAGAAAGACUUGGGGAAGACAAUAAAUAAAUUAAAGAAAGUACUUCCAACAAGAGCUUUUGUUUAUAAUGAGAAUAUAUCUCAUUUAAUAUAUUCUUUAUCAAACAGAUUACAAUUAUCAAUUGAUUUAAUAGAGGCAAUAGAAUAUGUAGUAAAAAAAGCUAGUACAUUAAUUACUACAUCUCAUAGAUUAAAUUCACUCUGUGGUGGUUCAAUACAUUUAAUAGUUGAAUUAAAUACAAGUGAAGAAAAAAAUCUGAAACUACCAAACAUAUCACAAAUAGCAACAGUAUGUGGAGUUACAACGAAUACACUAAAAACAACAUUCAAAGAAUUAUUAAAUGCAGCAGAAUAUAUAAUUCCUAAAUAUUAUCUCUCAGAAGAUAAUCCUAAAUUGUCAUUGCUUAAACAAAAAUAUCUUAGUGAGGAUAAAAGAAAAAAAAAAUAA